GCCUUUUCACACUUCCUUGUUAGGAUCAAAACAACGCUUCUCUCUCGUUGUACCGUUUGCAAUUAUACGCACACAAUCAUAUUAGUAUUGUUUUAAGGAAAGUUUGCUUAAACACUUCUAACUGUAGGCCUACAUCACAGUAGGUUACAGCAUCAUCGUAGCAUAGUUGUUUUGAAUAGCCUAUAGCCCUAUUAACAGCAAACACUUUGCAGAUAAUCGUGUUGUCGCCUCGGUAUAUUGAUCGAUGGGGCAAUUAGGUUCGUAAUAUCAUAAAAAAGGUUUAGCAGGAAGGUCAUUGCAUGGUCAACAGCAUGCAAGGAUCUGCAGGGACACAACAGCCCAAGUCAAAAGCCAUCUAGAACAAUCAACAUCCAUACAUUCUGUAUACCCACCAGGAGUGUAUGAGUCUCCUCAAGCAUGGAGAUGGGAGCUUUUGCAGCUAUCGUUGUUUUCUGUGGGUUGAUGCCUCUGGCUUUUGGUGUACCCCCUACUUGGAAACAGCCUGAACAGGUGCACUUAUCCUAUGCAGGGGUCCCAGGCUCCAUGGUAGUCACCUGGACCACCUUCAGCGAGGCAGACAGCGUGGUGGAGUACAGUAUCUGGGCAGGGAAGCUCUUUGAGCUGACAGCGAAGGGCCAGGCCACGCUUUUUAUGGAUGGAGGCUCAGAGAAGAGGAAGCUUUUCAUCCACAGAGUCACGCUGACAGACCUGAAACCUGCUGUUUCCUAUGUGUACCACUGUGGUAGUGACUCUGGCUGGAGCGACAUCUUCUACUUCACGGCACUGAAGGAGGGUGUGGGGUGGAGCCCGCGGUUCGCCCUGUUUGGGGACUUGGGUAACGACAACCCCCAGUCUCUGGCCCGUCUGCAGAAGGACACCCAGAUCAGGAUGUAUGACGCCAUCCUGCACAUCGGGGAUUUUGCCUAUGACAUGGAAGAGGAUAACGCACGGAUCGGGGACCAGUUCAUGCGUCAGGUGGAGUCGAUCGCAGCCUACGUACCGUACAUGACCUGUCCUGGCAAUCACGAGAAUGCCUACAACUUCUCCAACUACCGGAAUCGCUUCAGUAUGCCAGGGAACACAGAGAGCCUGUGGUACAGCUGGAACAUAGGACCUGUCCACAUCAUUUCCUUCUCCACAGAGGUCUACUUCUUUAUCAAAUCUGGCCUGGAUCUCCUCUUUAAACAGUAUGAGUGGCUGCAGAAGGAUCUGGAGGAGGCAAACAGGCCGGAGAACCGAGCCCAGAGGCCGUGGAUCAUCACCAUGGGCCACAGGCCAAUGUACUGCUCCAACGCAGACAAGGACGACUGCACCCAGUUUAACAGCCACGUCAGGACUGGACUCAAUGACACCGACCCCCCAGCACCUGGUCUCGAGGAUCUCUUCUACAGAUAUGGUGUGGACCUGGAGGUGUGGGCCCAUGAGCACAGCUAUGAGAGGCUCUGGCCCGUCUACAACUACACAGUCUUCAAUGGGAGCAGAAACGAGCCGUAUGUGAACCCUAAAGCCCCAGUGCACAUCAUCACUGGAUCAGCUGGAUGCCGGGAGAGGAUAGACCCCUUCGUUCCCGACCCGCGGCCCUGGAGUGCCUUCCGGAGUGUGGACUAUGGCUACGCUCGGAUGCAGGUGUUCAAUUACAGCCACCUUUACCUGGAGCAGGUAUCUGAUGACCAGUAUGGGAAGGUCAUAGACAGCAUGUGGCUGGUGAAGGACCAGCAUGGCCCAGAGGCAUGGCUCUGAGGGGUCUCCAGGAAGUGGCGAUACCACAGGAAAUCGGCCCUGACCAAUCAGAGUCGCUCAGGAAAAGCAUUGGUUCACCUAAUCAAAGGUGAACUGCACUUUAGUCUCAAGAGUUGAUUUAGAAAAAUAAAAUAAAUUAUAAUUUUAUAAUAUAAUAUAAAAUAAUUUAUAUUAAAUAUAAUUAUAAAA